UCUUGCAGGCCAAUGGGCAGCAGUUGUUGGUCCUGCCUUCGCUGUCUCAGGGGCUUGGUACGUGAAGAAACAAGGGGGAUACAUGCCUUCAGUGAUCAGGGUAAUGCUUGAUAGGUGCCGGCUUGCAGUAUUAUCCCAAGGAGUUGCGGCUGGAAAUACGAAUGAUGAGGCCCGAGGCUUGCCACAUAGAAGAACUUCGAGAGAAGCCAAAGUCCGUCCGCCGCCGCAGGCAGUUCCUACCCCCGGAGAAAGGGUCUCGGGCGAGUCUCUACAUCAAGUACGUACGCCGAAUCGAACCACGACUAGCCGAGGCCUCUUUGUGCACGAAAUGGAGUGGAGGGAUGAACACGGAAAUAGGUUCAUUAAGAUUCCAUACGAGGAAUAUUUCCAUAGGAACUAUGACAAACACAAAGACAGAUACGAGCGAAGCCGCGGUGCAGAUAGGAGCGUCACACCGGUUCGAGGACAACAUUUAAGGGCAGGCAGCUUGACUAGUGUAAAUGUAGGUGAGGGAGUUACUCGUAAAGAGCCUAGCACCGCCUCUGUGGAACAAUCAUCUCGAAGACCAACAUUACCCAAUGAAGGUACAUCUUCGGAACAGUUACAAACAGCGCAACAAGGGCCUCUUAGGCUCAAGGUACCGUCUUAAACCCGAAGGGCGUUUGCUUCCAAUUGAGUAUUUGGAUAGAUAUAUGGAACUUAGAGUGGUCCAGAAAGAUGUCAAUGGAUAUGUAUUGGGGGGAACUUGUGGCCACCGCGUGCGUGAAGCAUUUGGUCCUCCGAGCUGUCGACAAAAAGCGAGUCACUCCCAGCAAUGAAAACGGACAUGUUGGUCCCGCAGGAGACGCCGAAAG